AUGUGUGUAUAUAUUCAGAUGAAAAGGAAAGAACUGACAAGGAGAGAUGAUGAAGAUGGAGAUAGCAUGCUGUCAUCUACUCUUUCUGAUGGGGGCAGCACCAAGCGCAAAAGCCAUAAGAAGAACACGAAGAAGAACCGCAUGAAGGCUCUGUACGCUGCUGUGGCAGAGGCUCGGGAGAUGGGCACAGGCCGGAGACUCUGCGACCUGUUUAUGGUCAAGCCCUCAAAAAAAGACUACCCAGACUACUACAAGAUUAUUCUGGAACCAAUGGACCUGAGGACCAUCGACCACAACAUCCGCUCUGACAGAUACCCCAGCGAAGACGCCAUGAUGGAGGGCAUGAAGUUGAUGUUUCGUAAUGCACGUCACUACAACGAAGAAGGUUCACAAGUUUACAAUGACGCCAACAUUCUGGAGAAGAUAUUAAGAGAAAAACGAAGGGAACUCGGACCUCCACGAGAUGACGAGGACAUCGUCUCACCCAAGUUGAAAAUUAGUAUGUACCUGACUCCUCUGCAGCAGAAACUCAAUGAACUCUAUGAAGCUGUGAAGAACUACACAGACAAGCGUGGACGGCGUCUCAGCACAAUCUUCCUCCGUCUUCCAUCCCGCGCCGAGCUUCCAGACUACUAUGUGGCCAUCAAGAAACCCAUAGACAUGGAGAAGGUGAAGAGCCACAUGCUGGCCAACAAGUACCAGGAUGUUGAUGCUCUGGUGGAAGACUUGGUGUUGAUGUUCAACAACGCUUGCACCUACAACGAACCUGAAUCGUUGAUCUAUAAAGAUGCAUUGGUGCUUCACAAAGUGCUUUUGGAGACCAGGAGAGACUUGGAGGGAGGCGACGACGCUCAUGUCCCAGAUGUUGCGCGGCUCAUCCAGGAGCUUAUUCGCAAUCUUUUCGUCUCAGUUCUUGGUCACCAGGACGACGAGGGACGUUGCUAUAGUGACUCACUGGCGGAGAUUCCAGCUGUUGAUCCUAACAAUCCCGAUAAGACUCCACUGAACUUUGAAAUCAUCAGAGCUAACGUGGAUAAGGGGCGUUACAGGAGACUAGAUGUGUUCCAGGACCAUAUGUUUGAAGUUUUGGAGAAAGCCAGGCGUCUGCACAGAACUGAUUCUGAGAUCUUUGAGGACUCUGUGGAGCUCCAGCAGUUCUUCAUCCGGAUCCGAGAUGAAUUGUGUAAGAACGGAGAGAUUCUGCUGUCGCCGGCCCUCAGCUACACCACUAAACACCUGCACAGCGACGUGGAGAAAGAGAAGAAAGAGAAGCUGCCUAAAGAAUAUGAAGAAGAUAAACUCAAGAGAGAGGAGGAGAAGAAAG